UCGAAGUAAAUAUGUCAUGGCGACUUGAGUGCUACUAGUUGAAUCCACUUUUUUAUAGAAAGUAAAAAAAUAAAUUUUUCAACAAACUUAAUAUUUAUGUGAUUCAAACUAUUCAAAAAUAAUCACAAUGAAUAUUUUUACUAGACAAUGUGUGAAGAUUCUUAGAACGUCGAAUAAAAUGUGUAUUAACAGUCCAAAAACUUUUGCUUAUAAAAGUGCAGUUUCUUUGGAAAAUUUAUAUCCUAACAGUAAUCUGAAAUUAUUUACGGCAAAUUUUGUGCCAGAAGAUGCCUCCGCUAAAUUUAAUGGAUAUAUACCUAUUGAGAAACUUACUAUCACUUAUAGUCGUAGUAGUGGUCCUGGAGGACAAAACGUAAAUACUGUAAAUACUAAAGUAGAUUUAAGGUUCAAUGUAAAGGAUGCUACGUGGUUGUCGAAUGAAAUUAAGGAAAAACUGUUAGAACAGCAAAAAAAUAAAGUUAACAAAGAAGGUUAUUUAGUAAUCAAAUCUGAUAUAACAAGAUCUCAACAGUUAAACUUAGCUGACGCUUUAGAAAAACUUAGAACAUUCAUAAGAAAAACAUUACAAGAGCCAGCGCAAAUGACCAAAGAAACUGCAGAAAUUAUAAGAAAGAGACAAUUGAAAGCAGCGAGAGAAAGAAUUUUUGUAAAAAGAAUACGUUCGCAGAUAAAGCAAACUAGAACAGGCGUAUCUACUAAAGAAAUAUAUGAUUAAAAGAAUUUGUAGAAAAUGUGCUUUAACGUAUAAAAAAUGAUAAUAGAAAUAAAGAAUAAAGUAUAUUCUCUUAUAAAA